GUCUGUUCCUCUUGCCAGUCUUUUCCCCAAUUAUAAAUUCCUUUCGUUCUCCUCUCCACCUAGUCUUUCCUCAUAAUAUCUUUCGUUUACACAGAACCCCUCGAACUAUCCAAGCCAUCAACGUUCAGGUCGCUUUCCGGUUUACCCAAACUCUCUCACCUCAAUCCCCAUUGCAUCAGCACCGCAGAUAACAAUAUGCUCCCCCCACCACCAGAGACAUGACCUCGCGCGAAGAUAACGUCCUCACCGCUCGCGACCCGGCUCUGACGGACGAGAACGAGUGGGAGGAAUUCAGCCUGUCCGAGGUCCGCGUUUUGUUUCCGGGAAAAUCCCGCUAUGCCAAUCUCCUCACAGCCUCGCCGGACAAUCCUGUCCAAGUAACGGGGUGUUUGGAUGAAGUGGAGGAAGAACAGGAGUCUCUGGUGCUCGAUCCGGAAUAUCUUACCAAACGCAUUGUCCUAGAGAAUGUCACGCACUACGCCUAUGGCCAACAUAAUGACGGAGAAGUCGGGUUUUGGGUUGCGGGGCGGGCGGGGUGGUUCUCCAUCUCUCCGGCGAAGGGCUACAAACCGAUGUUCAAUGAGGUAGUGGAGGCGAUCGAUCUGUUAUAUUUUCUAGCGGAUCGACACAAGCGCAAGAGGGGUAGGAGGAAGUUCGAGGGUCCCAGUGUGGAGUAUCUAUUUGAGGAGUAUGUCAGCCACACGCAUGGGAUCUGCGAAGAUGCAGAUGAUUCCGCCGAGGUGUUCUACAAGCAUCAUAACUUCUUGCUGUCACGGAUGUUGAAAGGGGAGGAGAAUGUGCAGUGGUCGACAACGCAUAUUCUCGCCCACCUGAGCGAAAGAUUUCCAGAGGAUUAUGAACAGAUCAAGGCGCAGAUUGAAGGCGUGGACGAGGUCGAAUCAGAGGAGGAAGAAGAGAGUACUCCCGAGAAGACGGACGAUGAAAAAGGCCGCGUAGCAGACUCGUCAGCGUUGACGAACGCCGACGCGAAUUCGAUUUACCAAAUGAUCCUCGAUCUCAAGGAAGAGGGUUACUUGGCUAAGCGCCAGCUGAAUCUCGACCUUGUCGCAUCUACGCUGGUCGAUCGAUUCGAGAUUGACGACGACGAAUAUGCGCACAGUCGGAUUGCGGCAAGCGCCGAAGUCAUCCUGGAACUGAUGGAUGAGGCGAAAACAUCUUCAUUUGACUGGUCCAGAAAGGUCAUCUAUCGCGAGCUGAAGGCGGCCUCAAAGCAGCAUGGUGGAUCUUCGCAGGAGGCGAUGACCCCGCUUCGUCCGCGCAUGUUAGAAAGCGAGGCAUCCUCCCCUGAAGACAGCGACCAAGAAGACCUUCCCCGAUUGCGCAAACGUCGAGUACUCAAGUCCGUUCUGCGGCCUAAGAGUGCAGUGGCCACGAAACGAACGGGCAAGCGCACGCGCAGUGCAGCAGCCGACACGGACGAGGAAUCCGACACCAAUGCAGACGCUAUGGACGAGUUCGAAACGCCCAGCAAGGUGCGAGGGCACGAGCUUGUCCGCGAUCCGCUAUCAACCCGCGCCAAACGCAGGACGCGGUCAAUCUUGUCCGACUCGGAGUCCACAGCACCUUCUAUACAGAAGACCUCGCUGCAGGAUGUUUUCCAGAGCCGCAACACGUCCGUCUCCGCUGCCGAUAUCGACGCACAUCCUCACGAAGAGCCCGCAGCGAAUGGCACAAACGGCGAGGAUGUACAAUCAGAUACAUGGACGUGCCAAGUCCGAGGCUGCAGCAAGGUCGUGUACAAGUGCAGCACGAAACGCGGCAAGCAGCUGAUCGAGGAUCACUCGCUGGCUCACGCGGAUGAUACCAAAGCAAAACUCGAUCUAGUUUUUGCGGAACAGCGACUCAACAUCGGCCUCCCUGUGGAUAAUCUUCUCAAACGUAUCCGGGAGAUGGCAGGGGGGGAGGACAUCGGCCUUGCGGAUGCGGAAGGCGCGGUGAACGGCGCUUCCGACGCAGUAGGAGCGUGACCGGCAAGCAUAGAACGAUACACCAAGAUACCCACAUGAAGUGACGAUGAUGAUGGCUGCUCUUUCCAACACAGAAUUGAAUGCUGCGGUAGUCUGGUCAAUUACCAUCAUGGCAGGCCGCCUAACCAUGAAAGGCUAGACAUACCGGUUCCUCGUAUUAAUUGUCCCCAAGUCCCAGAGCAGGUAAACAAUGUGACUGAGAAGCCACCUUUACCGGUGUGUCUGAGCACAAGACCAAGCAGCAGGCUCACACCACAUUAUCGGAGAUGCAAUGGGUCGCUUCCAUAGUAUGAUGAUAUGACACCACAAUGAGAUACCACUUUUAGCCCUUCCAACUACAUAGUACACAACCGCAAUAGCGAUUUACCAC